AUGGAGAGUGAUGGCCAGCCUGGUGAGACGAUUUCCCGCACAUCAGUUAGGCCAAAGACCCUGAUUCCAGACAGCCUCCCUAUCUCCCCGUGCAGAGACCAACCUUCCAAGCAGCCUCCUACCUUCCAGAAGGCAACCGUAGUCAGCAUCAAAAACCCCAGCCCUGCCCUCCCGACUGCCAAUAACACCGUCAGCCAUGUACAGACGCCGAACAGCCAGUCACAAAGUGUCACCGAGUCCACAGCUAUUUCAUCACCUCUGAGCAGCGCAGGGGUGGCGUACGCCAUCAUUUCCACCUCCCCCAACAAUGCAACUCCUAUCAGCACCAGCGCGACUGUCUCUGUGGUCAACGAUAGCAUUAAAGUGCAACCACUCCUCAUUAGUGCCGACAACAAGGUUAUCAUUAUUCAGCCUCAAGUCCAAACCCAAACAGAAAGUAAAGUGGAGACAAAGAAACCUCCUGAAGAGUCAGCUCAGGGCCCCCCUGCUACCAAAAAGAAA